AUGAACAGAUCAAUAGAGCAGACUCUGCUCUCGUUGAUGCCGCAACAUGGCCCAGCUCUGCCUCCGUCCCUGGUCGAGCUGGCCGGCUCCCUGCUCGCCCAAUCGCGGCAUCGUGCAAGCACGCUAAAGGCAGACGAAGAAAUUGGCCGCUUAUACGCCUGCGCCAACAUUGCUUGCGACAGACUCAAAAUCACACUAAACCUCCCACCAAUCGAGCCCCGGCCCCCGAUCCCUCCAAGAAUCUACAAACGCCUCUACGCCCACCUCGACAACAUCCUCCCCAACUCCGCCCUCAACCGCACCCCCGGCAAGAACGGCACCCCGCGCACCAGACAACGCCACGGCGUCGACUCGCCCGUCCGCACGCCGCACCGACCGACCCCCAACAAAGACCGCUCCCUCUCCAACUUCCGCUCCCCGGCCGCCGGCGCCGGCGCGAACCCGAACGCCACGCCGUCAAAAUCCACCGGCAAGGCCGCCUUCCCGUCCGACAAGUCCGGGCUGCACUUCUGGAUCCAGCCGACGAUCCGGUACAUGUGCAGAGAGGCGAAGCAGGCGCACCUGGCACCGACGAUACUCGCGGGCAUGGAGUACAUCGUCGUCCCCGGCGGGUUGCGCACGCGCGACGGCUGGGUGAGGGAGAACCUCGCCGCCCUAUGCGGGGCGGUCUUCUUCUUCGUUACGCAGCAAGUGAAGAAGCUGGCGGGCGGCGAGGACAUUGACCGUGAGUCGUACGUGCCGACGAGGAAACUCAUCAUGGGCCUUUUGGAGAAGGCAAGGGAGGAGGUUGACGCCAGGGGCCUGAACGACGACGAGGCGUGGGAGGGAUGGGCACCGGUCAAGCCUAAGGAGUUUGACGCUGCCCUGAAAGAGGUCGGGGACCGGGGCUGGUUGGAGGCGGAUUGGUACCGCAGUCUGGGCGAUGUGAUUGAGGCGGGGAAUGCGAUUGCGGAGAGCCGAGGGGGCGAGAAGAGCGAUUCGUACAAGACGGCACCGGUCCGAAGGGCGGAUACGAUGUUCCAGGACCGGUACGACUUUUUGAGUGAGAAGAAGCGGAGGGACUACAGGAUAUGGAAGGAGAGCAUUCUCAGGCGCAUUGACAUUAUGGAGAAGGAGGGUGCUGACGAGAUGGAGGUGGAUGGCUAG